GCACCCUGAACUUACUUGAGGAGCUGUCAAAAUUUUAUCAGAAUAUUUUAAGCAUUUGUGCUCUCGUUUCCAGGCUUUGUUUAUCUGUGGAUUUAUUUCGCAAUCAUGGUUGGGCGCCGGUCGCAAAGGAAUCGUUCCCGGAGCUACCGUUCCCGUUCGCGUUCCAAGUCGCGUCCCCGACCCACUCGCUCCGACACGAUCUUCUCGGACAGACCGCGACUGGAGCGACGUCCGGGCCACGCUCCCUCUUCCUGGGACAUCCCGGCCACCGGAUAUGAGCACCUGACCCCGCUCCAGUACAAGGCCAUGCAGGCCAGUGGGCAGAUUGCCUCGAGGAUUGUUCCGGAUGCCGUGCCCACGGGGGAGUCCGCUGCCAUUGCCAUGGUCACCAGACAGGCUCGUCGCUUGUACGUGGGUAACAUUCCCUUUGGCGUGACGGAGGAGGACAUGAUGGACUUCUUCAACAACCAGAUCAUGUCGCUGGGCCUGAACGCCUCCCAGGGCUUGGAUAGCAGGGCGGUGCUGACCUGCCAGACGAACCUGGAGAAGAACUUCGCCUUCCUGGAAUUUCGGUCCAUGGAUGAGGCCACCCAGGCCAUCACCUUCGAUGGGAUUAGCUUUCGCGGGCAGAUCUUGAAGAUCCGAAGACCCCACGACUACCAGGCGGUACCCGCUUUCUGCCCGCCCGAAGCAGAAAGUUCCCUCGACUUCAAGACGCUCACAAACCCUCUGAACACUCCAUCGACUUCUGGCAGUGCAAGUGGACAUGUCAUAUCCUCCGUGGUCCCCGAUUCGCCGAAUAAGAUCUACGUGGGUGGCCUGCCCACCUGCCUGGAUGAAGCGCAGAUCAAGGAGCUGCUGCUUUCGUUCGGCAAACUAAGGGGCUUCAAUCUGGUGAAGGACAGCCAGACCACCCUGAGCAAGGGGUUCGCCUUCUUCGAGUAUGUGGAUCCCACGGUCACGGAACAGGCCAUAGCCGGCUUACAUGGCAUGCAGUUGGGGGAGCGCAGACUGGUGGUCCAGCGGUCCAUUCCCGGAGGAAAGAACGGAAUCAACGGACCACCUCCCGUUGUCCAGGUGCCCGGGAUAUCCACCCUACUGUCCACCGGCUCAGCCACGGAGGUUCUGUGCAUGUUCAACAUGGUUCUGCCGGAGGAGCUCCUGGACGACGAGGAGUACGAGGACAUCAGCUCGGACAUCAAGCAGGAGUGCACCAAGUACGGCGAGGUGCGCAGCCUCAAGAUCCCCCGACCCAUCGGCCCUGCUCCGCAGCGGGGCUGUGGCAAGGUCUUCGUCCAGUUCGAGACCGUGGAGGACUGCCAGAGGGCCCUGAAGUCGAUCAGUGGCCGCAAGUUCAGCGGUCGCAUCGUGAUGACCUCGUUCUACGAUCCCGAAAAGUACCUGGCCAACGACCUUCAGUAAUGAGUUAAAUAAUAACUUAGAUUUGAAUUUAAAACUGAAAUUCUGCUACAUAUAAGACUGGAGAAAUGAACUUGUUGAUAAGUA